AUGCAGCAGCCACCAAUGCAGCAGCCACCAACGCAGCAGCAGCAAAUGCAGCAGCAAGCUAUUGGAAAUGGUCCUUCUUUGGAGGAUUUAAGAGCCACUCAGUCAAAGAAGCAGUCAGCAAAGGCUCAAGAUAAAGAGAUACUUGACACCUUCCGGAAAGUUGAGGUGAACAUCCCUCUGCUGGAUGCAAUACAGCAGAUUCCGAGAUAUGCCAAGUUUCUAAAGGAGCUGUGCACCAACAAGAGGAGACUGAAGGGAGAUGAACAGGUUAACCUGAACUUAGGAGCUUCCAUUAAUGUUAUGCCUGCAUCUGUUUAUAAGUCUCUUGGUCUUGGUCCUUUGCGUGCUACUAGUAUUGUGGUUAUGUUAGCUAAUAGGAGUAGUAUUCACCCAUCUGGUUUGAUUGAGGAUGUAUUGGUCAGGGUUAAUAAUUUGAUUUUUCCUGCUGACUUCUACAUUUUAGAAAUGGAGAAUGAGACUGCUACUAAUAGAUCACCAAUCAUACUUGGUAGGCCUUUCAUGAGAACAACUAGGACCAAGAUAGAUGUUAAUUCUGGCAUAGCUGCCGACUUGUUUUCUGUAGAAUUUUCCCCACCAACUACACCUCUUCCAUCCAUUGAACAGCCUCCGAAAUUGGAGUUGCAGCUACCAGUCAUUGUGGCAAAGAACCUUCUACCUGAGCAGGAGGAUAAACUGUUAACUUUGCUGAAAGCAAAUAAGAGGGCAAUUGGGUGGACAAUGGCUGACAUUAUUGGCAUUAGUCUUCCAUGCAUGCACCAUAUUCUACUUGAAGAAGGAGGUAAACCAGUGAGACAGCCCCAAAGGCGUUUGAACCCACUGAUUCUAGAUGUGGUGAAGAAGGAAGUAACAAAACUCUUGCAAGCUGGAAUGAUUUACCCCAUCUCUGAUAGCCGAUGGGUUAGUCCUGUUCAGGUGGUCCCUAAGAAGUCGGGAGUCACUAUGAUUACCAAUCAGAAUAAUGAGCUGAUUACAACAAGAGCUCAAAACAGUUGGAGAGUAUGCAUAGACUACCGUAGGCUCAACCAGGCAACCCGCAAGGACCACUAUCCUCUUCCAUUCAUUGAUCAGAUGUUGGAGCGGUUGGCUGGUAAAUCCCACUACUGUUUUCUGGAUGGAUACUCAGGCUACUUUCAGAUCCACAUUGCACCUGAGGAUCAGGAGAAGACGACCUUCACAUGCCCCUUUGGCACAUAUGCAUACAGGCGGAUGCCCUUUGGACUUUGCAACGCACCAGGGAUAGUUUUAGGGCAUGUUGUCUCUAAAAAGGGUAUUGAAGUGGAUCCUGCUAAAAUUGAUGUUAUUUCUGCUUUGCCUUACCCCGCUUCUGUGCGGGAAGUUCGUUCAUUUCUUGGCCAUGCAGGUUUUUACAGGCGCUUCAUUCAGGAUUUUAGCAAGAUUGCUCUCCCACUAUCCAACCUCCUCCAGAAAGACAUUGACUUUGAGUUUGGUGAUGCAUGCAAGGCAGCUUUUGAUCAUCUGAAGCGCUGCUUAACCAUAGCUCCUGUGAUCCGUGCACCUGAUUGGUCUCUCCCAUUUGAGUUGAUGUGCGACGCAUCCAAUUAUGCUGUUGGAGCUGUUCUUGCUCAGCGGGUCAACACGGCCCCACAUGUCAUUGCAUAUGCAUCCAGGACAUUGGAUUCUGCCCAAUCCAACUAUACAACCACUGAAAAAGAACUCUUGGCUAUAGUAUUUGCUCUUGAUAAGUUUCGGUCAUAUCUGUUAGAUACCAGGGUUAUUGUUUUCUCUGACCAUGCAGCUUUGAAAUUUCUUUUAAAGAAAGCAGAUGCUAAGCCUAGACUCAUCCAGUGGAUGUUGCUGCUCCAAGAGUUUGAUAUUGAGAUUAAGGAUAGAACUUUUACAGCUGCAAGUGACCAAGUGGUUAGGAGAUGUGUGCCUGACAAUGAGACUCUUUCUGUUUUGAAUUUUUGUCAUGCAUCUGCCUGUGGUGGUCAUUUUGGACCACAAAGAACUGCUAGGAAGGUUCUAGAUUCUGGUUUGUUCUGGCCUUCUUUAUUUCAUGAUGCUUAUGAGUUUUGUAAGUCUUGUACUAAUUGUCAGAGAGCAGCUGUGGAUUAUGUUUCUAAGUGGGUUGAGGCGAAAGCCACCCGAACUGAUGAUUUUGCUGUUGUUGUAGAUUUUAUCCAUUCUUAUAUUUUCUGCAGGUUUGGCAUUCCUCGAGCUAUUAUCAGUGACCAGGUCUCACAUUUUUGCAAUAGGAGCAUGGAUGCCUUACUAAAAAAAUAUGAAGUCCUCCACAAAGUAGCUACAGCAUACCAUCCACAGAUAGAUGGUCAAGCUGAAGUUUCAAACAGAGAGGUUAAACAAAUCCUUCAGAAGACUAUCAAUGCUAAUAGAAAAGAUUGGAGCAAGAGGUUGGAAGGUGCUUUGUGGGCAUACAAGACUGCCUAG